CAGCUAAUCAUCGCCGUACUGUCUCUGCUCGGUUACCUUACGAAAACAGAGCUCUCAGCUUAAAAAUGGCCGAACAAAGAAGAGAUAGAUACAGAGAGAGACCCCUUUUAGUUUCUUUGUAAUGUAAUGCAGCCUUAAAUCUUUUCUUAACAGAUCCAAACAAACACUAGUCAAAUAAUUUUUGCUACAUAGAGUAUAACAAGAGAGAGUUUGCUAGAAAUGGGAGACUACAGGGUUUUUUGUGUUUCUCUCGUUGUUUUCUUGUUGUUUCUUGGCAAUGGUGUUAAUUGUGAAGACCCUUAUAGAUUCAUUACAUGGAAAAUCACUUAUGGUGAUAUCUACCCUCUUGGUGUUAAGCAACAGGGGAUCUUGAUAAAUGGGCAGUUUCCAGGGCCACAAAUUGAUGCUGUUACUAAUGAGAACCUCAUUAUCAGUGUUUACAAUUACUUGAGAGAGCCAUUCCUCAUUUCCUGGAAUGGCAUACAGCAAAGAAGGAACUCAUGGCAAGAUGGAGUCUAUGGCACUAACUGCCCAAUCCCACCAGGAAAGAACUUCACUUAUGCUCUCCAAGUGAAGGACCAGAUUGGUAGCUUUUUCUACUUCCCAUCCCUAGGAUUCCACAAGGCAGCUGGUGCAUUUGGUGGCAUCAGAAUCUGGAGCCGGCCUCGCAUUCCUGUGCCUUUUCCUCCCCCUGCCGGUGAUUUCACUGUUUUGGCUGGAGACUGGUACAAGAGAAAUCAUUAUCAAUUGAGAAGAAUCUUGGAUGGCGGCCACAAUCUCCCAUUCCCUGAUGGCCUUCUCAUCAAUGGUCGUGGAUGGAAUGGAUACACAUUCACAGUUGAUCCAGGCAAGACAUAUAGGUUCAGGAUAUCAAAUGUUGGCCUUACAACAUCCAUUAACUUCAGAAUCCAGGGGCACAAGAUGAAACUGGUGGAGGUAGAAGGAUCCCAUACACUACAGAAUACAUACUCUGACCUCGACAUCCAUCUUGGACAAUCUUAUUCUGUCCUCGUCACAGCCGAUCAGCCAGCAAAAGACUACUACAUAGUUGUUUCCUCGCGCUUCACCAAGCCUGUACUUACCACAACUGCCAUUCUUCACUACAGUAAUUCAUGGCAAAGAGUUUCUGGCCCUAUUCCUGGUGGACCUACUACUCAGAUUGAUUGGUCCCUCAACCAGGCUCGAUCUUUUAGAUGGAACCUGACUGCAAGUGGACCUAGGCCGAAUCCCCAAGGGUCUUACCACUAUGGAUUGAUCAAGACCAGCCGCACAAUCACCCUUGCAAACUCUGGUCCAAUUAUCAACCGCAAGCAGCGGUAUGCUGUCAAUGGUGUCUCAUAUAUUCCUGCGGACACCCCAUUAAAAAUUGCAGACUACUUCAAUAUUCCUGGGGUUUUCAGCCUUGGUAGCAUGCCUAGCAGCCCCUCCUGGGGUAAUGCUUACCUCCAGACUGCAGUCAUGCCUGCUAACUUCCGUGAAUUCAUUGAGAUUGUUUUCCAAAAUUGGGAGGACACUGUUCAGUCAUGGCACAUUGAUGGUCAUUCCUUCUUUGUUGUCGGUAUGGAUGGAGGGCAAUGGACACCAGCAAGUAGAGCACGCUACAAUUUAAGAGACACGGUAGCUCGUUGCACCACUCAGGUUUAUCCCAAGUCAUGGACUGCGAUUUAUAUGGCUUUGGACAACGUAGGAAUGUGGAACAUAAGGUCAGAAAACUGGGCUAGGCAAUAUUUAGGUCAGCAGUUCUACCUCAGGGUUUACUCUCCAGCACACUCAUGGAGAGAUGAAUUACCAAUUCCGAAAAAUGCUCUCCUUUGCGGCCGGGCAAGAGGUCGUCACACGAGGCCUCUUUGAGUGAGGUAGCUAGAUCAUUGAAUUUUGUCACGAGAGUGUGACAUUGUGUUUAUUGCAGAUGAGGGCUAACUGUUCCCUGCGGAGAUCUUUAAUGAAAGCUCAGCUUGAGCUUUUGAGUCUUUUUUCAUUCAUUGUUGUCUGGCUUAUUUUUAUCUGACUGUUGGUGUGCUCCUUUUAAAUAACAAUGAAUUCAAUGUGCAGCACAUCUGGUUCUAUAC